CGAAAAGAAGUGCAUUUGUCAAAUGUUCAUGAUUUAAAGAGAAUUAAAGUCAAUCAGCAGAGCCUCAGGCUCAAGACUGUUCCGCAGUGAGCUGGAGUUGCAUUUGGAGCCAGUAGUGUUGUAGAGGAAACAUUUAGUAGCGAUUCAGUUGGGCACGGAGCUUGCCCUUAGGGCUGAUCGGAGGCAGCAUGGCGCUGUCUCAGCUACAGUCCGAUGCCUACAGGGCGGUGUUGCGUGCGGUGGCAACAACACAAAUGGACUGGAGCAAGGAGAAGCUCCUGACAGACCUGCGCAAGGAGCUGCAGAUCACCACGCAGGAGCAUUUCGAGGUGCUGACAGCCGUCAUGCAAGACAAAGAGAUCGAGGCGCUGAGAGAGAACAAAGUGCUUGAGCCCCAAGCAGCCAAUGUGGACGCCGGGCUCAAGAGGAAAAAGGAUACGAUAACCGGCAGAGCGGACUACAACAAGAAGCUGUCGAAGAAGCCGCGGCACCUGGAGCUCACGGAUUCACCCCUGGACACGCCCACGGGGACCCCCCUGCCAGUGUACACCCCCCUGGACCCCCCACAUCAGCACCGCGGCCCCGGCCGGCCGUCAAUGCGCCAGGGCGGCGGCUAUGGCGAAGCUGUCGCGGCAGCCGCCCCCGGAUCCGGCGGCUAUGAAGCCAAGCGGCCGCCUGGCCGACCCCCCGGCAGUGGACCUGGUUCAGCGGAGCCCAAGAGGGGCCCGGGUCGACCACCGGUGCGGCUGAGUACGCAGCCGUCGCUGGGCGGGCGGACCUCCAAGCGGAAGGGAGGACUGGGGGGCGCGGCGGUGGGCACCGGGACCACCCCCUACGGCACCAACGAGCUCGUGGGCCGCAAGAUCUGGCGGUCUUGGCCGGAGGAGGCCAACCCCUGGUCGGAGGGCAUCAUCACAGACUACAAGGAGCACUCGGAUGAGCACUGCAUCGUCUACAAAAUCAACACCCCUGAGGAGUCCUAUGAGUGGUUCCGCCUGAGGGAUGCAAAGACGCCGGAGGAGUACAAGUUGGUGGACGGGUAUGCUGAGGACAUGCGCGAGUUAGUCAGCGGUUACCAGGCCAAGGUGGCCAACCAGGGCGCGGCCCGGCAGCGCCACGGCGGCCGCAGCGGCAAGCGGGGACCCAAGAGCGGCGGGAGGGGACGCCCCACGUCGGCGCUGGUGAAGACUCAGCCGCUGGUGGCAGCCGUGCCAGAGGAGCCACUGGCGCAGCCGACGCUGGGGGCCCCCUAUGGUCGGCGCUACCUCGCCGAGAAGCUGCGCAGCAGCGGCGCCGGCGAGCUGCAGGCGAUGAUCGACGCACUAAAUUUGCGCGCGGCAGAGAUCGGAAUGGAGAUGCAGACACUGGAGGAGCUGGAGAGGGGUGGGCUUGAUCCGGCGCACCAGUUGCAGCUACAGCUGAAGGACUUGGCAGCGCGAGAAAAGGCCAUCCAUGCACAGUUGGCAGCCCUCAACAAUGACGACGAGUGCAUGUGAAGGGCUAGAAUGAGGCUGCAGGGAAUAUAUAGCGUAUGCUCGGGUGGGAACUAGCUUGCGACAGCUGCUGGUGGGAGUAAUCCAACGUUGGCAUGAAGUGGGUUGUAAAAUGGUUCAGACCUGCACUUGAAUGCAGUCUGGAAAUGAUCCUUGCUUGCUGCAAAUGAACUGUUUACUGAGGAGGCGAUUAUGUUGAAGUAUGGAUGUCAGGUCAUGCUGAUGAGCAACUUGCCAGGUUGAGAUAUAGGCCCAGGAUAGCUUGUGCAUCUAUGCAAGCUGUGAUUUUUUGGCUCCGAGCAUUGUGAAGAUUCGAUUGCCAUGUAUGUCAUUGCGGAUCCUUUAAAGGCUGUAAGGCGCAUUGUGCUCUUUGCAGACUUCUUUGCAGACUUCAGUUCUUGCAUGUCUAUGUACCUGUGCACGAGGCGCUUUACUGCGUAGUGAGGGAGAUGCUUUUCAACUAGUGUGCCAAAUCACGUUGAACUGUACUUUGUAAGACUGUCGUCAUCA